GAGACAGAGAAGAAAGAGACACCUUCGUUUGCGCGUUUUCUCUGUAAUCUCUCUCUCUCUUCUCUCUCUCCUCUCUCUCUUACGGCUGUGACGACGAUGGAAUUUCUGCAGAGCGACGGGAUCCGUGAUUCUCGAUCGGAGGAAGCUUCUACUCCUUCUCUCUCCGCCUAAAUCUCCAAUUCGCCGCCGUUUACCGUCAUCUCCGUUUCCAAACCAAAAUCGUUUUUUUUUCUCGUAUGAUGGGAGAUCUGGUGGAGAACUAGACGCAGCAGCUAGCGGAAGUUUUUAGUCUCAGCUUCUUCAUUUUUUUUCUUUCAAGGCUCAGGGAAAUAAAAAUGUCAACUAAGGGAGAACAUCAUACAGUUCCACUAUCUGUUUUGCUCAAGCGUGAAUCAGCGAAUGAGAAGAUAGACAAUCCUGAGCUCGUACACGGGCAGGCUAACCAGAGCAAGAAAGGCGAGGACUUUACGCUUGUUAAAACAGAGUGCCAAAGGGUCAUGGGAGAUGGAGUCACUACCUUCUCAGUUUUUGGGCUUUUUGAUGGACACAAUGGUUCUGCAGCAGCUAUCUACACAAAGGAGAACCUUUUGAACAAUGUAUUAGCUGCAAUACCCUCUGAUCUCAACAGAGACGAGUGGGUUGCGGCGCUUCCGAGGGCUUUGGUUGCAGGGUUUGUGAAAACUGAUAAAGAUUUCCAGGAAAGAGCAAGGACGUCUGGAACGACUGUAACUUUUGUAAUAGUAGAAGGAUGGGUGGUGAGUGUUGCAUCUGUAGGUGACUCUCGUUGCAUACUUGAGCCUGCUGAAGGUGGUGUCUAUUAUUUAUCUGCUGAUCAUCGGCUUGAAAUAAACGAAGAAGAGCGAGAUCGCGUCACUGCAAGUGGUGGUGAAGUUGGUCGGUUAAAUACUGGUGGUGGUACUGAGAUUGGUCCUCUGAGAUGUUGGCCUGGUGGACUUUGUCUCUCAAGAUCCAUUGGAGAUCUGGAUGUUGGCGAAUACAUUGUUCCAGUUCCUUAUGUGAAGCAAGUCAAGUUGUCUUCAGCUGGUGGUCGACUUAUCAUCUCAAGUGAUGGUGUGUGGGAUGCAAUGAGUGCAGAGGAGGCUCUUGAUUGUUGCCGGGGCUUGCCACCUGAAACUUCUGCGGAGCACAUUGUCAAAGAAGCUGUGGGGAAAAAGGGUCUACGCGAUGACACAACCUGUAUUGUUGUUGACAUAUUACCGUUGGAAAAACCGGCCGCUUCCUUGCCGCCUCCGAAAAAGCAAGGAAAAGGAAUGCUAAAGUCCAUGUUCAAAAGAAAAAGUUCAGACUCCUCUUCUAAUAUUGAGAAAGAGUAUGCAGAACCUGAUGUAGUUGAAGAACUGUUUGAAGAGGGCUCUGCUAUGCUUUCAGAGAGAUUAGACACAAAGUACCCGCUUUGCAAUAUGUUCAAGUUGUUUAUGUGUGCUGUGUGUCAAGUAGAAGUGAAACCUGGAGAAGGUGUCUCAAUCCAUGCUGGAUCGUCUAAUUGCCGUAAACUUCGUCCCUGGGAUGGUCCAUUCCUUUGCGCAAGUUGCCAGGACAAGAAAGACGCAAUGGAAGGGAAAAGAUCAUCUGGAGAUAGACAUAGUAGUGAGAGCGACUAGCCAGUAAUUUCUGCAACUUGCAAUUUUAUUUUGGCAAAGCAAAACUAACAAAACAGUGUUGUGAGUAAAUUGGAGCGGUUCAAGAGGAUCUUACCAUCCAGAGAUACAUGAGUUCCUUGAUCAACCACUAUACCAUUCUUACCAUUCUCCGGCAGACUCCAAAGCAGUUUGUGUUUUUUUUUCCCCUUUGAUAUGGUGAUGGCUCCUACUUCACGGCGUCUUGGAUUCUUAAAUGUAAAUCCGAGAAGCCCAAACAUCAAACUAGUUUCAAACUAGAGGUAAUUCGGAAGUUCUUUUCUUUUUCUUUUUUCUUUUGUUCGUUUUGUGAUCAGACUAGUUUGUGAUUUGGUGUUUACAAAAUGAGUAGAACUAACUGCGAGAGACAAGUAGGGUAAAGAAGAUACGCGAGUCUGUGUGCAAUUAUUUCAUGUAUAAACAAUUCUGGAUAGAUAUCAUUAUUUUUUCAUGUAACUUUAUUUAUAUA